AUGGAUGAGACACUUCAUUCCUGUUUUGAGUGCGGGAAAUGGUUUCUUCAUGAAUCAGAACUUGUCAAACAUUGCAGAUCUCACACGGGGGAGAAGCCAAAUUCCUGCCCAGAGUGUGGGAAAUCUUUUACAAAGAAAUCAAAUCUCGUUAGACAUCAGAGAUCCCACACGGGGGAGAAGCCGUUCUCCUGUUCGGAGUGCGGAAAAUGUUUUUCAAAUAAAUCAGACCUUGUUAAACAUCAGAGAUCUCACACGGGUGAGAAGCCAUAUCCCUGCCCUGAGUGCGGGAAAUGUUUUUCAGACAAGUCCAGUCUUUACAGACAUCAGAGGUUUCACACGGGGCAGAAGCCAUAUUCCUGUCCUGAGUGUGGGAAAUGUUUUUCACAGAAAUCAGACCUUGUUAAUCAUCAGAGAUCUCACACUGGGGAGAAGCCGUAUUCCUGCUCUGAAUGUGGAAAAUGUUUUACAAGUAAAUCAAAUCUUAUUAUACAUCGGAGGUCUCACACGGGGGAGAAGCCAAAUUCCUGCCUUGAGUGUGGGAAAUGUUUUUCACAGAAAUCAGACCUUACCAUACAUCAGAAAUAUCACAUAGAAGAGAAACCAUAUUCCUGUGAUGAGUGCGGGAAAUGUUUUUCACAGAAAUCAGACCUUGUUAGACAUCAGAGAUCUCACAGAGGUGAGAAGCCGUAUCCCUGUGCUGAGUGCGGUAAAUGUUUUUUACAGAAAUCUGCCCUGGUUGUACAUCAGAGAUCUCACACGGGGGAGAAGCCGUAUUCCUGCCCUCAGUGCGGGAAAUGUUUUUCACAGAAAUCAGACCUUGAUAAACAUCAGAGGUCUCACACGGGGGAGAAGCCGUAUUCCUGUCCUGAGUGCAGUAAAUGUUUUUCACGGGUGUCCUAUCUUUAUUUACAUCAGAGGAUUCACACAGGCGAGAAGCCAUAUUCCUGCUCUGAGUGCGGGAAAUGUUAUUCAUGGAAAUCAGACCUUGUUAUGCAUCAGAGAUUGCACACAGGGGAGAAGCCUCAUUCUUGCCCCGAGUGCGGGAAAUGUUUUUCAGAGAAGUCCAGUCUUUACAGGCACCAGAGGAUUCACUCAGGGGAGAAGCCAUUUACCUGUCUAGAAUGUGGGAAAUGCUUUUCACAGAAAUCAGACCUCGCUAUCCAUCAGAGAUUGCACACAGGGGAGAAGCCGUAUUCCUGUCCUAUAUGUGGGAGAUGUUUUCCAUGGAAGUCCAGUCUUUCUGCACAUCAGAUAUGCCACACGGGAGAGAAGCCAUAUUCCUGCACUGAGUGCGGGGAAACUUUUAACUCUGAUGUAAGUCUUACUGUACAUCAGAGAUCUCACACGGGUGAGAAGCUUCAUUCCUGUUCUGAAUGCUGGAAAUGUUUUACACGGAAAUCAGAACUUAUAAGACAUCAGAGAUCUCACACGGGAGAGAAGCCGUAUUCCUGUCCCGAGUGUGGAAACUCUUAUGCACGGAAAUCAGACCUUGCUAUACACAAAAGAACUCACACAGGCGAGAAGCCGUAUUCCUGUCCGACGUGCGGGAAAUGUUUUACACAGAAAGCCCAUCUUACCACACAUCAGAGGUCUCACACGGUGGAAAAACCAUAUUCAUGCCCUGAGUGCGCAAAAUGUUUUUCACAGAGACCAGACCUUGUUGUACAUCAGAGAUUGCACACGGGGGAGAAGCCGUUUUCCUGCCCUGAGUGCGGGAAAUGUUUUCCUUGGAAAUCAGACCUUGUUACCCAUCAAAGAACCCAUACAGGGGAGAAGCCGUAUUCCUGUACUGAGUGCGGGAAAUGUUUUGCACACAAAUCCCAACUUUUGUCACAUCGGGUAUCUCACACAGGGGAGAAGCUGUAUCCCUGUUCUGAGUGCGGGAAAUGUUUUUCAAAGAAGGCAAGCCUUUUCAAACAUCAGAGAUCUCACACAGGGGAGAAGCCGUAUUCCUGUCCCAAUUGCUGGAAAUGUUUUUCACAGAAAAGUCCAGUCUUUCCAGACAUCAGAGAUCACACACAGGGAGAAGCCGUAUUCCUGUCUUAG